AUGUCGUUGCUAUCAUUCAGAUCAUCUCAGAAGACCCUCUCGAGUCUUCAUAAACUACGAGCACCAGCUGUCAGGCAGACUCGUCUGGCUAGCUCAAACUCUAAAUCCGCCUCCCCUCCAGCUGACCAGCAUAAUAAUCAGAAAGAGGCAGCCAAACAAGUACAAUCUGAGCCACCGAAGAAGCCUAAGACUCAAGCUGAAUUGGAUCAUGAGCUUCGCCAAAAGAUGGCUGGCAUGUCCGGCGACGGCGGUGAUGCCGGUGUCGAGUACGAGGAUGGUGUUCCUGUAUCGAUGAAGCGAUCAGUCAAGAACAACAUGUUCAGAUACAUCUGAGCUUUCGAUUUGCUUCUGAUAAGAGCCACCCUUUGCCUUCGGUAAAAGGCAUACUCGCUUCAUGAACUUACGAUUCACGACAUCAAAACCUGAACAGCACAGGAUGCAGCACAUAGCCCGUC